AUGGAGGGUGAGUGCCAUUGCGAAGGCGCCGAUAAAGACUUCCCUGCUGGAAGCGUCAUGAGAAAGUUCGAAAAAGCUACUUUCCCAAUCGCAGGGCGUCUCUAUCGUUUGAAGAAAAUCCUCUGGGAGCGUUACAAUAGCGAUAACCACCAGCGCAGGGCCAUGUUCGAAGCAGAGGAAUGCGAGACCAAGGAUCCUGUCGUCAUCAAGUUCUUCUUGGAGGCAGACCCAUUCAUGAGAGAAGAAGAGAGAGGCAAGCGAACUAUGAAAAACAAUGCCGCUGAGCUUUUCCGCAAUGAAUGCGAGAUCUGGAGAACCCUGACAGACACGGGCUAUACUCCCAAGUUCUACGGCAAGAGGGAGAUGCAUCAGGAUCUGACCUUUGAGAACCCCGGUGGAUACCUUUGGAUUCUUGUCCUGGAACACUUCCCGACCUUCAGUCUGGCUGACGCACCUCAAUUCCUAAAUGCUGAUGAGCUUCCGCGCAUCGAGAAACAGCUGCUUGAUAUGGCUGUUAACUUCAACAAGCACGGUCUUGAUUACGUUGGCGUUUCGUUUCUCAAGUUUGAUCCGGAGAAGAGGAGAGUGUACGUCACGGACAUUGAAUACUUCAGGGAGACCGAGGUUCGCAAUGACCCCGUAGCGGCAAAGAAUUCAGCAAGGCAUUGGAUUAGUGUCGUGAUGGGUGCUCUCAGAGCUGGUGUAGAAGAGAUCAGAGGACUUUCGCCGAUGGACGAAUAUAUUGACCUUGAGGAUCUUGGGCACUUUGGGAGUGACAGUGACUGA